CCGACUAAACAUUCUGGUCAAGCUAAGGUUACUCAUCUUAGUUUUUCGUUCGCUGGUUGGUAAACAUGGCAGACGUGAAUCGAGUAAUACAGACACAAAGCAGCAACUUAACACCGGUGAAAGAUGCUGGAGUCAAGAAAAGUGAAAACAUUCAUUCAAAGUCUGAAAAUCAAGAACUCUCCAAAGAAGAGAAAUUGCGUCAGAGGAAGGAGAAGAAACAACAGAAAAAGAACAGACGGGAAGACAAGGGAAAUGCAGCACAGCCUGAAAAAAAUGCUACAGAAAGCCAGGUUCAGCAACAGAAAGUUUCAGGGCCCACUGUGGUACCCAGUGAUGCUUCAGUCAACAAUGAGAAGUUACCCUCUGGAAAGAGCAAAGCAGAGCUCCGGGCUGAACGUAGGGCAAAGCAGGAAGCAGAUCGGGCAAUGAAAGGAGUAAAGAAAGGAGAUCCAAGCCAGUCGUUUGGCUUAAAAUCAAAAACAGCAGCAAGUGAACCUCAGUCAGUUGUGAAACGAUUGUCAGAGCAUGUUCAGGCGGAUGACCCAGCAGCACAGAAAAGACUAGCAAAGAAAUUGGAACGCCAGCAGGUUCCAUUAAGAAAUGACUAUGGAACAAAAGUCAACCUGUUUUCACAUUUGCAUCAAUACAGCAAGAAGAUACCCCUGACGCAACAGACGAGCAUUCCUUGUACAGUCAUUCAUCCUUCCAUUGUACGUCUAGGACUGAAGUAUUCACAAGGAAUUAUUACAGGCUCCAAUUCUCGCUGUAUAGCAUUACUGCAUGCAUUUAAACAGGUUAUUCAUGACUAUUCAACCCCACCAAAUGAGGAACUGUCAAGAGAUUUAGUCAAUAAACUGAAUCCUAAUAUCAGUUUUUUAAUUCAGUGUCGGCCUCUGUCUGCUAGUAUGGGUAAUGCUAUCAAAUACGUCAAGAAGGAAAUUUCUAACAUUCAAAGCACUGUAAAAGAAGAAGAGGCAAAAGCAAUCUUGAAAGAAUGCAUUGAUAAAUACAUUCAGGAGAAAAUCUACUUAGCUGCUAAGGCCAUCUGUAAGUUUGCCAUUGAGAAGAUCAGCGAUGGAGACGUCAUACUAAUUUAUGGAUACUCUUCUUUAGUGAAUGACAUCCUUUGUGAUGCCCACGAAAAAGGCAGAACAUUCCGGGUAAUUGUGGUUGAUAGCAGGCCUCGACAAGAGGGAAGAGAAGCAUUGCGCAGGAUGGUACGGAAGGGAAUUCAUUGUACGUAUGUUAUAAUCACAGCGAUAUCGUACAUGCUACCUGAGGUUUCCAAGGUUUUCCUCGGUGCACAUGCAUUACUGGCCAACGGCUAUGUAAUGUCCCGAGUAGGCACAUCUCAGAUAGCACUAGUUGCCAAAGCCUACAAUGUUCCAGUCUUGGUGUGCUGUGAAACAUACAAGUUCUGUGAAAGGGUUCAGACUGACUCCUUUGUUUCAAAUGAAUUGGAUGACCCUGAUGACCUCAUUGUGACCCAGAAAGGAAGUACUCAUUUGGAGGACUGGCAGAACAACAGCUGUUUGCGCCUUCUAAAUCUAGUCUAUGAUGUCACACCACCUGAUUUUGUGGAUUUAGUUAUUACAGACUUGGGAAUGAUACCUUGUACCUCUGUGCCUGUAGUGCUUCGAGUGAAAAAUGUAGAGCAGUAAUGAAGGAGCUUAGGCUGUUCUUCGAAACUCUACAGGACCAGCAAUUCCUUGUAUAUUUUUGUUGUGUAAUAAAAAGGUCCAACUCUU